GCCUGUGCUGCGAGGACCUGCAAGGAGGAGAGGAGGAUGGCAGCACAAAGGAAGAACCUGGAUAUAAGAAAGUAUUUUUCAAAGAAACCUGUGACAGAAGCAGCUCUGCCAUGUUGUAGCUCGGACAGAGGUGAAGAGGCGAGGUCACAGAGGCGGCGGCGAGAGGCGGGACCUCGACUCAUCCAGCUGGAGAGCCUGACCAGGAGGAGUAGGACAUUAACUCUGCUCUUCCAGGGCACCCUGCAGACUGGGCUGCUGGCAACAGCGAGGGAGUGUGGCCGCCGCUGGGAUGACGUGAACGCCAAACAGGAGUCCAUCACAGGUCGACUGCAGCUCCUUGUCACAGAGUGGGAGGGAUUUGAAGCACAAAGGGAGGAGCUUGUCGUUUGGUUGGCUGAUAUGGAUGUCCACCUGAGUGAGGUUGACCAGCUGACAGGAAACACCUGUGAAAAACUGAAACAACUGCAGGUGUGGGGUUGUUUUGAUAUGACAUAUAUUUGAUAUGA